AUGAGCAGGCAACUCGAGCAGGCCCUCUUCUCGCUGAUGCCGGCCUACGGCUCGGAUCUGCCGCCUUCUCUCGUCGAGCUCGCCAGCUCUCUAGUCUCACAGUCGCGUUUCAAGGCCGGCAACCUCAAGGCAGAAGAAGAGGUGGCACGGCUAUAUGCGUGCGCCAACCUAGCCUGUGAUCGCCUCAAAACCUCCCUGGACCUCCCUCCGAUCCAACCACGACCGCCCAUCCCCCCUCGUAUAUACAAGCGUCUAUACAACCAUCUGGACCGCGUGAUUCCCUCGCCGACCUCGACGCCCACGCGCACACGAUCCCUGCGCACACGGACGCCUACGUCCCGCGCUGCUGCUGCGGCCGACGACCGCCCCAUGCCGUCGAGGGCGACGCCGACGGCGGAGCAGAGCCUGGCACAGUUCCGCACCGGCGACGCCCCGUCGACCACGCCCACCGGCGCCAGGAGGAGCAGGAGAUCGGCGGCGGUGACGGCUACCGUGCGGCCCUGGGUGCGGCCCGUGGCGAGGUUCGCGUGCGCCGAGACGGGCCGGCCGAAGCUGGCGUUGACCGUGGUGGCGGGCAUGGAGGCCAUCACCGUGCCUGGCGGGCGCGAGACGAAGGAUGACUGGGUGCGCGGCAACUACGCUGCCCUCUUUGCCGCCGUCCUCUACUGGUCCGUCGCGCGGGCGAGGGCCGCCCUGGCCGGGAAGGAGGUCACGCGUGGCCAGCCGUCGCUGAACCAGAGGAGGGAGAUCAUCUCCCUGCUCGCCAGGGCGCGCAGGGCCGUCACGGUGCCCACGCCCACGCCCACGUCUGCCUCUGCGUUUGCGGGGCAGGAUGACGCCGGCGACGAUGAUGGUGACGCUGGGUGGUGGGCCGGCUGGGCUGAUCUCAAGCCGCGCGACUUCAAUGCCGCCGUGGCCACGGUGGAGCAGCGUGGGUGGCUGGGCGAUUGGUGGACCGCCAUAGACGACGUGGUCGAGGCCAAGGGCUGGGAUGGCAAGGACGAGGGCGAGCAUGGUGAAGAUGCGGAUCUGGCCGGACCCAUACGCGUCCGGAGGGCAGACACGAUGCUCCAGGACAAGUACGACUAUCUCAGUGCAGCGCGGAAAGCGCGGUACCAGAGCUGGAGGGCAGAUUUACUCGCCAGGAUGACUCCUGUGACGGUGGUGGACGGCAACGCCAUGGAAGUGGACAGCCGCUGA